AUGAAGUCCGUUUUUGCUACAAAAUUGCGCACCGCUUUCUUCGGCUUCUACAACAAUAUACUGGCAUUUGAAGGUCUCUUCAUGGAUUAUGUAGAAAAUGGCGCAUAUGAUGAGUUAUAUACAUUUAAAUUCUCCCAAGAUCACUUGGAAACAUAUUUAGGUACAAUCCGUCGUUUGAACGGUUGCAAUGACAAUCCGACACCGAUUCAGUUUUCAGGUGCUUUCAGAAAGCUACUUAUCUGUAGCGAAAUUAUGACUUCAAAACAUUCAAAUGUCAUAAAUAACGAUACACAAGUAUUGACAACAUCAUCACGAAAGAAGGCAACUGCUACUUUUAUUGACAUAAGAGGAAUUAAGGAUGUGGAGAUUGAAUUUGAAUACGAUGAAACAUUACGAGAAGAACUUUCGAAGUAUGACCAGCACUACAAUGCUCUUCUAGCCAGUGAUAUCGAACUGGACAUCGUCAAAUAUACAAAGCGUUGCUGCAAGAAAGAAUGUCAAAAGUGUAUUGAUGUAUUUGUAGAAGAUGAAGUAAUUAACGACUCAUUUGUCGAUAUGCAACAGAAACAUGGCAUGUAUGUUUUACCAUCUCAAGAAAUAGUGGCCAGAUGCACAAAACGAGAACCAGUAUUGCCAAUGGUACACUAUACACAGCAUCAAGUACCACAAGUUCAAUUCAUGCAGCAGCCACAACAACCAGAAACACAACAACAAAGACCGAUGAAGGACAUCAAAUAA